AUGUUAAUUCAUCAUAAUGAUAGAAACAUGUUCCCAGCUAAGAACGAAGAAUUUGUGAGGUUGAGAAUGAAAAAUGCAAUUGCAACAACUGUUUUGGAGGAACAAUUUGCUAAAAAAAAUGCAGAAUUUGCCUUGGCUCCCCAUGAUUUCCAUUAUAAUAGAUAAAGAUGUAUGGCAGGAUAUGUCCAUCCAGAUGAUCAAAGAACCAUGCACAUGGCUUCAUUCAAUAGAAAGCAUAAAUACAAGGAGCACUAUUUGAUGAGAAUAGGAGAAUCAAGACGUAUGACAACUGUCCUUUUAAAUAAUCAUGCUUCAUCAUAGAUAUGCACCAACUAUUAUUUUUAUUAUAAUUCUUUGAAAUGA